CCUGGCAAUGUGUACGGAGCGCUGCUCACUAGAUUCAAACACUUAUUCCACAGGGAAAGAGUAACUUGGACCCGUGUAGCACGAAGCAAUUGGAACAGCGAGCGACAAAUGAGACAAAUGGCUAGCAUUUUGUACACGGCAACUUCUAUUCUUUUUGGAAUUUCCACGUUUGUUUCCCCGGCACGGAUUUAUCCUCCAAAUGAAGUAACAUUGUUGGAUUCCAGAUCAGUACAAGGAGAACUAGGAUGGGUUGCGAGUCCAACAGAAGGAGGGUGGGAGGAGGUGAGCAUCAUGGAUGAGAAGAACACACCCAUCCGCACCUACCAGGUGUGUAACGUGAUGGAGCCCAGCCAGAACAACUGGCUCCGAACUGACUGGAUACCUCGAGGGGGCGCACAGCGGGUCUACAUCGAGAUCAAAUUCACCCUGCGGGACUGCAACAGCCUGCCCGGAGUCAUGGGCACCUGCAAGGAGACCUUCAACCUCUACUACUACGAGUCCAACAACGACAAGGAGCGCUACAUCCGGGAGAACCAGUUUGGGAAGAUCGACACCAUCGCCGCCGAUGAGAGCUUCACCCAGGUGGAUAUCGGGGACAGGAUCAUGAAGCUGAACACGGAGGUGCGGGACGUGGGGGCGCUGACCCGGAAGGGCUUCUACUUGGCCUUCCAGGACGUGGGUGCCUGCAUCGCGCUGGUCUCUGUACGGGUGUUCUACAAGAAGUGCCCCCUCACAGUGCGCAACCUGGCCCAGUUCCCUGACACCAUCACGGGGACUGACACGUCCUCUCUGGUGGAGGUGCGGGGCUCCUGCGUCAACAACUCGGAGGAGAAGGACGUCCCCAAGAUGUACUGCGGGGCAGACGGGGAGUGGCUGGUGCCCAUCGGGAACUGUCUCUGCAACCCCGGGUUCGAGGAACGCAAUGGAGAGUGUCAGGCCUGCAAGAUGGGUUACUACAGGGCCCUGUCCACAGACGGCAGCUGCUCCAAGUGUCCUCUACACAGCUACUCUGUCCGAGAGGGCUCCACCUCCUGCAACUGUGACAAGGGCUACUUCCGGUCUGAGACCGACCCUGCCUCCAUGCCCUGUACCCGACCGCCCUCGGCCCCCCAGCACCUCAUCUCCAACGUGAACGAGACCUCGGUGAACCUGGAGUGGAGCGCGCCUCUGUCGACGGGUGGCCGGCAGGACCUGACCUACAACGUGGUGUGCAAGAGGUGCGGGGCGGACCCCCAGCGCUGCCAGCCGUGCGGGAACGCCGUCCACUUCUCCCCCCAGCAGCGCAGCCUGAAAGGAACGCGCGUCUCCAUCAAUGACCUGCAGGCACACACCAACUACACCUUCGAGAUCUGGGCCGUCAACGGCGUGUCCAAGCAGAGCCCCAGCUCCGACCAGGCCGUUUCUGUCACCGUCACCACCAACCAGGCUGCUCCUUCCCCGGUCACUUCCAUCCAGGCCAAGGACAUCACUAGGCACACAGUGUCACUGGCCUGGCAGGAGCCAGAGAGGCCCAACGGUGUCAUCCUGGAAUAUGAGGUCAAAUACUAUGAGAAGGACCAGAACGAGCGGAGCUAUCGCAUCAUCAAAACGGCAUCUAGGAACGCAGACAUUAAAGGCCUGAACCCCCUUACCUCCUAUGUCUUCCAUGUGCGGGCCCGCACCGCGGCGGGGUACGGAGAAUUCAGCGCCCCCUUUGAAUUCAUGACCAACUCUGUACCUUCUCCGAUCAUCGGGGACGGAGCGAACCCCACAGUGCUUCUGGUAUCGGUGGUCGGGAGUGUGGUCCUGGUCAUCAUCCUCAUCAGUGCCUUCGUCAUCAGCAGGAGGAGGAGCAAAUACAGCAAAGCCAAGCAGGACGCGGACGAGGAAAAACACUUGCACCAAGGUGUGAGGAUUUAUGUUGACCCUUUCACUUAUGAGGACCCCAACCAGGCCGUCCGAGAAUUUGCCAAAGAAAUCGAUGCCUCCUGUAUCAAGAUUGAAAAGGUUAUUGGAAUUGGCGAGUUUGGGGAGGUUUGCAGUGGGCGUCUGAAGAUGCCCGGUAAGCGGGAGAUCUGCGUCGCCAUCAAGACCCUCAAGGCCGGCUACACUGACAAGCAGAGGCGGGACUUCCUGAGUGAGGCCAGCAUCAUGGGCCAGUUCGAUCACCCCAACAUCAUUCACCUGGAGGGAGUGGUGACUAAAUGUAAACCCGUGAUGAUCAUAACAGAGUACAUGGAGAACGGAUCGCUGGACGCAUUUCUGAGGAAGAAUGAUGGGCGCUUCACGGUGAUCCAGCUGGUGGGCAUUCUGCGUGGCAUCGCCUCGGGCAUGAAGUACCUGUCGGACAUGAGCUACGUGCACCGCGACCUGGCCGCCCGCAACAUCCUGGUCAACAGCAACUUAGUGUGCAAGGUGUCCGAUUUCGGGAUGUCACGUGUGCUGGAGGAUGACCCUGAGGCAGCCUACACCACACGGGGUGGGAAGAUUCCCAUCAGAUGGACUGCCCCAGAGGCCAUCGCCUACAGGAAGUUCACUUCUGCCUCUGACGUCUGGAGCUACGGUAUCGUUAUGUGGGAAGUGAUGUCAUACGGGGAGCGACCAUACUGGGACAUGAGUAACCAGGAUGUGAUCAAGGCCAUUGAGGAGGGUUACCGGCUGCCCCCGCCCAUGGACUGCCCCGUGGCUCUGCACCAGCUCAUGCUGGACUGCUGGCAGAAGGAGCGCAGCGAUCGGCCCAAGUUCGGACAGAUCGUCAACAUGCUGGACAAGCUGAUCCGAAAUCCCAACAGCCUGAAGAGGACAGGAGGAGAGACCACAAGGCCCAACACCACCCUUUUGGACCCCAGCAGCCCGGAGUUCUCCGCUCUGGGCUCGGUGGGUGACUGGCUGCAGGCCAUCAAGAUGGAGAGGUACAAGGACAACUUCACCGCUGCUGGUUACAACACCCUGGAGGCCGUGGUGCAGAUGACGGAGGAUGAUAUGGCCAGAAUUGGAAUCACUUCAGCCGCACACCAGAACAAGAUCCUAACUAGCAUCCAGGGAAUGCUGUCCCAAAUGCAGCAGAUACAAGGAAGAAUGGUUCCCGUCUGAGCCAAGACAUAAACAAAUUCAUAACUUCUUUUUAUUUUAAGGAAAGACAAAUUAAAUAAUAAAAUAGUUUACCUCAUCCAUGCACUUUAAAUUGAAUAAAAAAGAAAAGAAGAGAAGACAAAAGCAGAAAAAAACGGCACUUUUAUAAAGCUUCAUCCCUGCCCUUUGACAACCGGAUAUUGUUCAUCAGUGGUGUUGUGGUGGACUCAAAACAGUUCCAUAGAGGCCAAACUGUUGUGCCUUCUGCAUUACAGUGAAACUGGGAAGGGAUUUCUCCUUCUUGACAAAUUUGUUUCUGGAUUUUUUUCCCUGGGAAUAUCCAUGGACUUUUUUUUGUAUUUGUGUGCCAGUGUAUGAUUUUUUUUUUGUAAUUUGCUGCCGUAUUAUUCAUCCUGGACUGGGUCAGUCCACCAUCGCUGAUAAGACUGUGCUGUCCAGCCUUUGUAAACGCAGUGGGGGGCUGUUUUGGUUUGUUGCUCUGUUGUUUUGCUGGAACGAAGAAUUUUUUUUUUCCUCAGGACAUUUCAGGAAAGUCUUUGAUCACAAACAGUGCAUUCUUACCCCCCCCCCCCCCUCCCAACCCCACCACUGCCCUUUGAAUCGGAACAGAUGUCUCCGUUCUAGAAUUUGUGGACCUGAAUUCCAAGGCUCGGCGUUCUACUUCAAUUUGGCUGGACAUCCUUGUGGACAAAGUUAGGCCUCAUCCCUUUUCCUGGACCUGAUACUGAGAAAAUAGACUGGGAUUCGUUUUUGUUUCUCUCUUCAAAAUGACCUGAGCAGAACCUGUCUGCAGGUACUGAGGAUAUCCAGCUGGUUGGAAAAAAAAGAAAAAAAUAAAUAAAUAGCUGAAAAGGCAUGCCUUAUUACUGGAAACCCCAUCCAUUUUGAAUUAAGUGUCUGAAACAGCUGCCGCAGUCUAUCAGCAUCACAGCGCUCUUUUCCCAGGCGGGAGGGGAAGAAAACAAAAACCGCGUCACUCUACGGCAGAGCGAAGAGCAUUUCCACUCCAUUUGGAGUCUCCUGCAGUGCCCCCUCUGCUCCUAGGAUGAGAAAACUCACUCCCAGAAUUCCCAGUAGGCCUCAAGUCCAUGCAGAAAGACAAAAAAAGGAGAGCUUAACCUCAAUCACCCGUUUAUUGAAAAAAAAAAAAUUGAAUGACACUAAAAAACAUUGGAGGAAUGUAUUAUAAAAGAUGUGGCUCCUGCAGAUGACUGAUUUUUUUAUUUUGAUUUUUUUUUUUUUUUUACAAGUUUUUGUUUGCAUGUCACAGCUGUGCAUUGUGUGUGACAGAAUGUCUUCAAAGUGCUACCAGUAAAUUUAGUCCUGUCCGCUUUUGUCUUUGUGGAGGAAGACAGUUUUUCUUUUUUUUUUUAAAAAAAAGAGGAGGAGCCUGGAUUGCUGUUUGUCUGUCGAAAAACAGCAUGAGGCACUUUGCUUUUGAUCCGUCAGUACAUUGUUGAUUGGUUUCAGAAGACUUGAAUACUGCAUUAAAGGAGUGAAUGAAACAUGUAGAAUAUGUGCUGAAGGAUGCGCUUGCCUCAUAGUCACUGUACAGAGAGGGAUCCGGGGGCGGUGUUUGCUCUGGCCUUGCCCCCAACGAAGGGAUGGAACACCUUGCCGUUCCCCCCCAACCACCUGCAUGGAGAUGAGUGUCCUGAAAACUGAUUGAGAAAGGGGAGAGCCUGAGCCCCACCACCUACUAAAGACUCUUUGUGCUUCGGCAGGACUCUGACAGACAAACAGACAGAGCGACAGGCGCUCUCUUGGUGGGAGGCUACCAUGGUUCAGGGGUCCCUGUAUCAGAGGGACAGUUGAAAGGAUGACACCUAUGUACUUAAAAAACUUACUGCAGGAAUGGUUUUAAAAGGGAAAAAUAUUGGACACCAUUGUUGUUUUUUUUUUUCUUUUUCACCAUUUUCUAAUAUGCACCAAAUGUCAGUCAGACCUGUUCACAUGGUCUAUUUUAUUGUUCAGUUUUUUUGUAUUAUAUGUGAUGUUCACACAUUUCAAAUGUCUCUGCCCUCAAAGCCAACUCAAUAUUCUUUUUCUUUAUUUUUUAUUUGUUUUAUCCUUCAAGGACCUGUUUGGAAUAUGCAAGGACUGUGGGGGGUAGGAGAGUCAAAUAGAAUGUACUGUACAAUGCAUUUUAAUUUAGUUUAUAAUGAAAAAAAAAACCUAACAAAACUAUUUUUGUUGUAUGCAUUCA